AAGGCAGUGCACAGAUUAUUUAAAGAUUCCUGAGAAUUUGAUGCCGCUCUGUGCGCCCGAGCAUUUACAACUCGUAGAGUGCGGAACUGUGAUCAGUUGUGAUUGGGCUGAAGCCGAUCGCGAUAAAGUUCGACCGAUGGCGAAUUCGAGUGAUUUCUCGUGCUGCUAUCGAGCAGUCGUGAAAGAGAAAGGAGACUGCGUCGAACAACUAGUGACAGAAUCAGAGCCCGUACAGAUGAAUAAGGCCCUGUACAUUGUCAUGCUACGAAUUUCUGCUCCCAAACAUUGGAAAGUUAGUCAGUCCGAUGAGAAGAACUGUCAUCAAGCUCUCGUAAUGCAUCCGCUCGUAGAUAUGCGACAUUUCGACAACACCGUGUGUAGUGGACAUCUUAGGGCGGACGAGUUGUCCACUGUCCGUGUGCCAAUGCUCAAUAUUUUGGGUGCGUUCAUUCUCAUCCAGUAUGUACGUUCCUUUGUUUACCAGGUUUCCAUUGGAAGCACAUUGCCUUUCGCGGGUUACUUUGUGAGCUCACUAGGACCACUAGCGGUUGGAGGUUCUUUGAACAACAAACCGGUGCUUGCUCAGCAAUUACACACUACAUAA